AUGGUGCGAGUGUAUAAAAGAAAAACUCAGCAGCACUCAUGGAGCUCGGAUUCAAUGACUAAAGCAAUCGACGCAGUUAUCGAGAAAAAGAUGAGCUAUAAAAAAGCAGCUGAGCAAUUCAGAGUGCCGCAAACUAUACUUGAGCGUUAUAUGAAGAAGAAGCAAAGUGAUAACAAUUACACGGUAACAAAAAUGUUGGGACGUUACCGAACGGUUUUCACUCCAGAACAGGAGAAGGAGCUCUUUUCCUACUUGAAGUCGAUGGAAGCGCAGCUUUUUGGUUUGAUUUUGAUGGAACUGCGCGAGUUGGCGUUUCAACUAGCAGAGAAAAAUAAUAUUCCUCAUCCGUUUGGAAAAGAUGGAAAAGCUGGAGAAGAUUGGGCGAGACAAUUCAUACUGAAGCAUCCUGAUUUAACUUUGAGGACUCCAGAGGCAACGUCAGCUGCGAGGGCGAUGGUUUUCAACAAAGUUGUGGAUAAAUUUUUUAAUCUGCUCAAAGAAGUCGUUCAAAGUAACAGAAUCACUGCGGACCGAAUGUACAAUUGCGACGAAACAGGAUUGACUGUAAAUUCAAAAGAACACUCUAAAAUAAUCGCGCAAAAAGGGCGUCGCCAAGUUGGUGUCGUUACAUCGACCGACAGAGGACAAACUGUUACCAUAGAACUUUGUUUUUCGGCAGCGGGUGUUUAUUUGCCCCCAAUGUUGAUUUUUCCGCGAAAGAGAAUGCAACAAGUGUUCGAGAUGGGCCUUCCUCCAGGAGCUUCUUCAGUUUGCAGCGAAAAUGGCUGGGUUACAAAAGAACUUUUUGUCGUUUGGUUUAAACAAUUCAUCCAAUUUUUAGGGGCUUCGAAGGAUCGCAAAAUUCUACUUUUGUUGGAUGGCCAUUCUACGCAUACCAAAAACCUUGAACUCAUACAUUUGGCACGAGAGAAUGGGGUGAUUCUGUUGUGCUUCUCGCCUCAUUGCUCGCACAAGCUUCAGCCUCUAGACGUCUCUUUCAUGAAGCCACUGAGCACUUUUUAUGAAAAUGAAAUUCGAAAGUUUCUACGUUCACACCCUGGCAAAGUUGUCACAUUGGUUAACAUCGCUCCGCUGUUUGGUGCAGCGUACACCCGAGCAGCCACGAUGACAACAGCGUUGAAUGGAUUCCGAAAAACAGGAAUUUUUCCCAUGAACAAGAAUGUAUUUGAAGAGGUUGAUUUCAUGCCCUCUUUGACGACGGACAUCGCACUCGAAACUUCUCAGAUGCUCGGUCCAGCAUCAAAAGUUUCGCUGCCCUUACCUGGCCCGAGUACAACGCUCGCCUCGGACAUUUCGCUGCCCUCGCCUGGCCCGAACACAACACUCGCCUCGGACAUUUCGCUACCCUCGCCUGGCAAAAUCUCCACGCCCGUUCACACCGCAAAAUUAAUCCCUGCUAGGGAUGACUCCACGCUGGCAUUCCCGCUCUGCUUUCAAGAAAAAAACACCAGAAGCAGUUCUACCUAUUCCGCAUGUUCCGCAAUCAAUUAA